CACACCCUGUGCCCUGUGUUGCUGCCGGAUGCCUCAACUCCUACCAUGGCCGAAACCACCAAGCUUCAGCUGUUUGUGAAGGCCAGCGAAGACGGCGAGAGUGUAGGACACUGCCCUUCCUGUCAGCGGCUCUUCAUGGUCCUACUCCUCAAGGGUGUGCCCUUCACACUCACCACAGUGGACACACGAAGGGCACUGGAUGUGCUGAAGGACUUCGCGCCAGGCUCGCAGCUGCCCAUCUUGCUCUAUGAUGGGGAUGUCAAGACGGACACGCUGCAGAUCGAAGAGUUUCUGGAGGCGACGCUGAGGCCACCUGACUUCCCUAGCCUGGCACCUAGGUACCGGGAGUCCAACACAGCAGGAAACGACAUCUUCCACAAGUUUUCUGCCUUCAUCAAGAAUCCCGUGCCUACACAGGACAAUGCCCUGUGUCAGCAGCUGCUCCGGGCCCUGACCAGGCUGGACAGCUACCUGCGCACUCCACUAGACCAUGAACUGGCACAGGAACCAUGGCUUCGCGAGUCCCGGCGCCGAUUCCUGGAUGGUGACCAGUUCACACUGGCUGACUGCAGCCUGCUGCCCAAGCUGCACAUCGUGGAUACCGUGUGUGCACACUUCCGCCAGAUGCCCAUCCCCGAGGACCUGGGUGCUGUCCGCCGUUACCUGGACAGCGCGUUGCAGGAGAAGGAGUUCAAGUACACAUGUCCCCACAGUGCAGAGAUCCUGGCAGCUUACCGGCCCGCUGUGCACCCCCGUUAGCCCCCCAACUCCACACACUCCUCUGCGGCCUAUAAAGGCAUCUCUGCCCCCAAGUAAGCGUGUCCUGAACAUCCAAGUGGCCAGAGGCCCACAAUUACGCCAGCCCAACCCCACGGUGAGAAGCAUAGUUCAAAAUGACAGCCUAAAAUGACAGGGGCAGGAGAGUCCGGCAGGCAAGGCCCAGCUUAUCCUCCGGGGCUGGCUCAAAGGCCUGGGGCCCCCUACAGCUGCCUGGCACAGAGGCAGAGAUCUAGGGGACUGGAUUAGUCUCCCAAACCAGUCAGGCCAGAGCUGGGCGGGGUGCCCUGGAUGGCCAAGAAGGGUGGGGAGAAGAGCUCCAUGGGUUCAACCUCCGGGAUCUCAGCCAGGUGGGUGGGGGCAGGCCUACAUUCCUUAGCCCCACCACGGACUGCGGGUCAGCCCCAUCUCCUCCUAUGAGGGGCUUCCACCAUCUGAUGCUCUGUGGGCGCCUUCCAAACAUGCAUCUUCCCCAAGACAA